CACUGGUUGAGGGCCUUAACGGCUGACCCGGGAUCAGGAUGCGGCGGAGCCCCCGCCCGGGCUCGACCACUUCCUCGCAAAAGCACGCGCCCAACUUUUACAGCGACAACAACUCAAUGAACGUCACCUCGGAGGACAGCAGCAGCGGGCAUCGAUCAUCUGGGCCGGAGCCCGGGGAGCGCGAGAGCAGAAAGGCCCGAGGCCGAAGCUGUGGUGAGCCCUCCCUGAGCGCAGGAGUGCCUGGAGGAACCACACUGGCUAGAAGCUCUCGGCAGAAGCCGAUGCCACGGAGCCACAAUGCACUGACCGCCUGGGGGGCGGAAACCGUGAGGGGCGGGGGCUCGGAACCGGCUGGCUCUCCUGUAAUCUCUGAGGAGCAGCUCGACCUUCAUUCAACCCUGGAUCGGAGGCAGGAGAUACCGCCCGCGCGAUUGUCCAAGAGCUUCCUGAGCCGUCUCUUCCAGGUGCUGAGCGUGUUGUUAUCCCUGGUAGGAGACGUGCUGGUCAUUGUGUACAGGGAGGUCUGUUCCACCCGCUUCCUGCUCACGGCUGUGUCACUGCUGAGCCUCUUUCUGGCAGCACUUUGGUGGGGGCUUCUGUGCCUGGUCCCUCCUCUGGAGAAUGAGCCUAAGGAGAUGCUGACUCUAAGGGAGUACCACAAGCGCGUGCGCUCCCAGGGCCAACAGCUGCAGCAGCUCCAGGCGGAGCUGGACACGCUACACAAGCAGGUGUCCGGCAUUCGCACAGCCAACAGCGAGAGAGUGGCCAAGCUCGUAUUCCAGAAGCUGAAUGAGGAUUUUGUGCGGAAACCCGACUAUGCACUGAGCUCUUUGGGAGCCUCCAUUGACCUAGAUAAGACAUCUCACGACUACGAGGACGUGAACACUGCCUACUUCUGGAAUCGCUUCAGCUUCUGGAACUAUGCGCGGCCGCCCACAGUUAUCCUAGAGCCAUAUGUGUUCCCUGGGAAUUGCUGGGCUUUUGAGGGCGACCAGGGCCAGGUGGUGAUCCGGCUUCCGGGUCGUGUGCAGCUGAGUGACAUCACCCUGCAGCAUCCACAUCCCAGCGUGGCACACACUGCGGGGGCCGACAGCGCCCCCCGCGACUUCGCAGUCUAUGGCCUCCAGGUUGAUGAGACUGAAGUUUUCUUGGGGAAAUUCACCUUCUAUGUGGAAAAAUCUGAGAUUCAGACUUUUCACCUACAGAACGACCCCCCAGCUGCCUUUCCCAAGGUGAAGAUCGAAAUUCUAAGCAACUGGGGCCAUCCCCGUUUCACGUGCUUGUAUCGAGUCCGAGCCCAUGGCUUGCAAACCUCAGAGGGGGAAGGGGACAGUGCCACACAGGGGCCCCAUUAAACAUGCUGAUUGUUGGA